UGUACCAUAUGUUUCAAUCCUCCCUCACUCUUCCUGAAGCAUCAUCUAAGACAGAGCUGUGUUAUUCUCUCUGACGGAGGGGAAAAAAAUACAAACACCUAGGAACACUGAAGAUUUUUUCAUAAGGCUGCCAAAGGAAUUACUAUCCUUUUUACUACUUCGGGUGGUUGUUGUUUUUUUCCCCAAGUACUUGCCCCCGUGGUUAUUUUUAUCAAUAAAGAACAUGUCUGAGCUCAGCCAAAACUCUGACCAAGAGGACUUCUGUUCGGGAGAGAUAGAUGAAGAUGAAAUCUUAGCAAACCUCUCUCCUGAAGAACUGAAGGAGCUACAGUGUGAAAUGGAAGUCAUGGCUCCAGACCCCAAAGUGCCAGUCGGAAUGAUACAGAAGGAUCAGACGGAAAAAACACCGACAGGAAACUUUGAUCAUCGAUCUCUUGUUGAUUACCUGUAUUGGGAGAAGGCCUCCAGAAGAAUGCAUGAGGAUGAAAGGGUACCUGUCACGCUAUUACCUUCAGAGAGACCCAUCAGAGAACACCCUGAAGAAAAUGUUGCCAAUAGUAGCAAUGAAAAACCAAUGGCCAGUAAUGCUGCAAAUGAAGAUAUAAAGGAUUACAAAGAGAACAAUCAAAUGGAUGAGGAAGAGGAAGAAGUAGAAGAGGAGGAGGAGGAAGAAAAGGAAGAAGGAGAAGAAGAAGAAGAAGAAGAGAAAAUAGAAGAAUCAGAGAACAAAGAUAUGGAAACAAAAAAAUUUCAUGAGAAUGGCAAGAGCACCCAGGAAACUAAAGGAUCAUGCACAGAAUCAAGUGAAAAAGAAGGAGAAAAUGAAAAGAAAAUUUCAAAGCUAAAUAUUCCCAAAAAAUUAGCUCUAGAUACUAGUUUUAUUAAAUUAAGUGCACGGCCUUCAGGAAAUCAAACUAAUUUAGAAGGGAGUCUCGAAAGAGUCCGGAGAAAUGAUCCAGAAAUGACAGAACUCAACUUAAACAACAUUGAGAACAUCCCCAAGGAGAUGCUAGUGGACUUUGUCAAUGCCAUGAAGAAGAACAAGCACAUCAAAACAUUCAGCUUAGCCAACGUUGGGGCAGAUGACAAUGUAGCUUUUGCCUUGGCCAACAUGCUGCGUGAAAAUAGGAGUAUCACCACUUUGAAUAUCGAUUCCAAUUUCAUCUCAGGUAAAGGGAUUGUCGCCAUCAUGAGAUGCCUUCAGUACAACGAGAAGCUUACAGAACUACGUUUCCACAAUCAGAGAAGCAUGUUGGGUCAUCAGUCAGAAAUGGAGAUUGCCAGGCUCCUGAAAGCCAACCCUACACUUCUUAAGAUAGGCUACCACUUUGAACUUCCAGGACCCAGAAUGGUGGUCACUAAUCUCCUUAGUAGAAACCUUGAUAAGCAGAGACAGAAAAGGAUGGAGGAGCAAAAACUGCAACAGUUAAAGCAGCAGAAAGAACUCAUCGCUAUGUUGGAGAACGGACUUGGGUUGCCUCCUGGGAUGUGGGAAUUGCUAGGGGGACCAAUACCGGCUUCAAUGAUGCCUCUUUCAGUGCAGCCUCCAGUGACGCUGGUUCCCAAGGCUCCAUCGAUUGGCCGAAGAGAGGAACCUGCUAGAAGAGAAGAGCCGGAUAAGGAAAGCAGUGGUGACCUUCCCGCUUUCAAGAUAGUGAAGCUCAAGAGAGUCCAGCGCAAACCUUCUAUCCAGGAAUAUGUAGAGCCAGCUGAAAAAACUAAUCUCAAAGAUGUGAUUAAGACCCUAAAACCUAUUCCAAGAAGACGGCCCCCUCCUUUGGUGGAGACCACUCCAAGAGACAAGCUACUUAAAGAUAUUCGUCAGAGUAACGUAGCUUAUCUGAAACCGGUACCUGUUCCCAAAGAGUUGGAAUAAACCACCCCAUUCUGCUGAAGGAACAACUAGAAAAAUGACCAGACUAUCCAAGCGUUGCUUCAGAGGGUUUCAGGAAUUGAUUCCUUCAGUUGGGUGUCUUGAAAGCAUGGGAACAAUGUUUAAAGCAUGCGGUCUGUUGAAGUGAUGAUUGCUGACUUUCGAUCUCAAGCAACCAGAUGUAUUUUUAUUUUGGGGAGAGGCAGAAGUGGAAAGGGCUAGUUCACCUGUCUCUUUUAAUCAUUGUGCCAUCAUGGUCAUCAGGUCUUCAGUAAAACGUACUGUCUCCCCAUGACCUUCUUUCCAACAUUUUACAGAAGCACAUUGGGCAUCCUAUUGUGGUAUUGUUUCAUUCUUCCAUUCAUCUGAAGUUGUGUGGCAUACCUGCCAGUUUUAAAACCAUAUCCUUUUGUUAAUCACAACUAAUUUUAUUUUUAUUAGAUGAAGUAUGUUACAAGAGAAAUAAACAGCAACUUUCAGAUGAA